AUGAGUGAGCGGGAAGCCAGCGAGCCUAUUAGUGAACAAGGGGUAAGCGACAAUGGCGAUACCUUCGCUGCCGAAGGCUCGCAGAUGAAGAGACGGCUGAGUGAGGUCGACGGGGAGUCCCGGGGAGCUGUCGACGAUGCCUUGGAAGGAAGCAACAGCGACGGGGACGAGGACGAGGACGAGGACGAGGACGAGGACGAAGACGAGGAUGGAGAGGGGCCACACAAGAAACAGCGGCGCGAAAGAAACCGCUUCCUGGAUAUUGAGGCCGAGGUGAGCGACGACGAAGAAGAUGACGAGGAUGAUGAGGACUCGGAGCUGGUGCGGGAGGGAUUUAUCACUCACGGGGACGAAGAUGAGGAGGAGGAUGACGCACAGGGAAGCAAGGAUGACAGACUGCAUAGACAGCUUGACCAAGAUCUGCAGAAGUCGUCAGAGGAGGACGCUCAGAAGCUCGCAAAGGAGCUGCGCGAGAGGUACGGCCGCAGUAGCUCCAAGCAGUACCGUGCAGCAGCACAAGAUGGCUACGUGCCUCAGCGGUUCAUGCUACCGAGUGUGGAUACAGCCACCGUGUGGGGUGUCAGGUGCCGGCCUGGGAAGGAGAAGGAUCUCGUCAAGAAACUGCUCAAGAAGAAGUUUAACCUGGAUAAGUCGAUGGGCUCCAAGAAAUUGAAGAUCCUUUCGAUUUUUCAGCGGGACAGUUUCAGUGGUCGGAUCUAUAUUGAGGCGCCGAAACAAUCCGUGAUUGAAAAAUUCUGCAAUGGUGUACCUGACAUAUAUGUUAACCAGAAGUUGUUGAUUCCUGUGCAAGAGUUACCGCUGUUGCUGAAGCCCUCAAAAUCAGACGAUGUGAGACUGGAACCGGGAAGCUAUGUCCGGAUUAAGCGAGGUAUCUACAAGGGCGACCUGGCCGUUGUGGAGCAGCUGAGCGACAACAACUUAGAGUGUAUGCUGAAGGUCGUUCCAAGACUAGACUACGGUAAGAAUGAUGAAGUUGACCCAGAUACGCAACAGAAGAAGGCAAAGAAGGUCUCUUUUGCCCAAAGGCCGCCACCGCAGUUGUUUAAUCCUACUAUGGCGUUACGCAUGGAUCAAGCCAACCUUUACAAGAGGGACGAAAAGCACUUCACCUACCGGAAUGAAGACUACAUCGACGGUUACUUGAUCAAGGUUUUCAAAAUCCAGUACUUGAAGACUGCCAAUAUACAUCCUACGGUUGAGGAGCUAGCAAGAUUUGGUAGUAAGGAUGGUGCAGUUGACUUGACUACUAUUUCGCAGACUAUUAAAAAGGCACAAGCGUCAAAAGCGAUGUUCCAACCCGGUGACCGGGUGGAAAUACUGAACGGUGAGCAGCGGGGAUCCAAAGGUUAUGUGACUAGAACAUCUACGGACAUUAUCAGCGUUAGCCUCACAGGCUUCAACGCCAAGCCCCUUGGGUUUCCCGUCUCAUCUCUGCGUAAAAUCUUUGAGCCUGGUGACCAUGUGUCCGUUAUGUCUGGUGAUCACCAGGGAGAUGCUGGUUUGGUGCUUAUCGUCAAGAAUGGCCAAGUUACAUUUGUUUCUGACCAGACCAGAGAGAACCUCACAAUUUCGGCGAAUAACCUAACCAAGUCCAUGGACUCUACGCCGACAUCGAGUGAUUAUGCAUUGCACGAUAUUGUGGAGCUGAGCGCCAAGAAUGUCGCAUGUGUGAUCCAGGCCGGUCAUGAUAUUUUCAAGGUCCUCGAUGACUCCGGAAAAGUGUCGACUGUCACCAAGGGCUCUAUUUUAAAGAAAAUCAAUACGACUCGUUCACGCAUUGCGGCAGUGGACGGCAAUGGCAAAGAAAUUAAAAUCGGUGAUACCGUGGUCGAAAAAGUGGGCGCACGUAGGGAAGGUCAAGUUCUGUACGUGCAAUCGCAUCAGAUAUUUAUCGUGUCCAAGAAGAUUGUCGAGAAUGCUGGUGUGUUCGUGGUAAACCCGAUGAAUGUGGAGGCAGUCGCAUCGCGGGAGAACCUCAUUGCAAGUAAACUGGACCUGACAAAGAUGAAUCCAGAGAUCGCCGCGAAGAUGGGCCCACCCUCACAGACUGCACAGCCUGUUUCCGUUGGACGCGAUGUCGCCCUCAACAAGACCGUGCGUAUCCGUUCCGCUGGCUACAAGGGCCAGCUUGGUAUCGUCAAGGAUGUCAAUGGCGACAUGGCUACGGUCGAGUUACACUCGAAGAAUAAGCACAUCACGGUAGACAAACGGAAACUCACGUACUUCAACCACGAGGGUGGAGACGGUAUCACAUACGACGAGCUGGUCAGCCGUCGUGGUAGGAUGCCCCAUGCCAGACUUGGUCCCAGCUAUGUCAGUGCGCCGCGCACAAUGGCUACAGGAGCACCUGGUGCUGCGCCCGCGCUCAGCGGCGGCAUGACUCCCGGCUGGAGCUACUUCGACGGCGGCAAGACCCCAGCAGUGGGGUCGCAUGGCGCCGGCGCAGCCUCCGCGUGGGGUGGUGCCUCCAGUUGGGGUGGCCAGGGCGGGGGAGCCACGUCCACGUGGGGUGGUCAGCCCGGAAACGUUUCCACAUGGGGCGGCCAGACAGGCGCCACAUCAACAUGGGGAGGCGCCUCCACAUGGGGCAACAAGUCUACCUGGGGAGGCGCCUCCACCUGGGCCUCCGGCGGCGAGAACGGCGCCGCGUCCACAUGGGGCGGCGGCGACCGCUCCGCCUAUGGCGGCGCCUCGACGUGGGGCGCCGCAGGGGGCGCCUCUGCCUGGGGCGGCAACAAAUCCCACCACCGUCCAGACGGUAGUAACUCCACAUGGGGCACUGCCCCACAGGGCAAUCGCUCUGCCUGGGGCGACCAGCCCGCCGGCAGCGGUUCCUCCUGGGGCGGCGCCCGCUAG